UAUUGCUCGCUGUUGGACCUGGACAGUGACAACAAAAUGUGACGUGGCUAAUCCUGAUGUACAAAAAGAGUGAGAAAACCUCUAUGAGUAAACUGUUUACAGGAAAACUAAAAGGCGUUUAACGUGUAGAAACAGAAGUGCCAACCGAAGUAAAGACGAUAAAGCUGUCUUGGUUUUGGUAAGGAAACUGUUAGCAGACUGGGGUAACGUUAACUGCUAGCAUCAAGACUUUGACAGGAGAAAAGGCAUGUACUGAGACAUUAAGAUGUCAGACAGCGGAGCUACAGCAGCGGAGGGUUCAGAGAUGGCACCAGAGAUUCGGGAUGCCCCUCCUGCCGAAACGCCUGACAGCUCCUCGCAGACCACACCUGACAUCUCGACUGACGUGGCCCCGACGAGGAAAGCCAGGAGGAGACCAGACGCCAAACCUGCAGCCGAAGUUGAGGAGAGGCCGAAAGCAGAGGAGCAACCGCCAAAGAUGUCCAGUGAGUCCACUGUGUCUCAGGGUGGUUGGGGAUACUGGGGCAGCUGGGGCAAAUCCAUCUUAUCCACAGCAACAGCUACUGUGUCCACUGUGGGCCAAGGGCUCACUCAUGUGAUAGAGAAGGCAGAGACGUCGCUGGGUAUCCCCAGUCCGACCGAACUCUCUGCGCAAGUUGAGGAAGAGCAGAAAGAGCAGGGUGAAGCCAGCAGCGAGACAGACAAAGCAGCAGGAGAUGGAUCGGCAGUGGUGGGAAGUGCGAUGGGAAUGCUGUCGUCGCUCACCAGCGUCGUCCAGAGCACAGGGAAAACGGUGAUAACGGGCGGGCUGGAUGCUCUGGAGUUCAUCGGGAAGAAGACGAUGGAUGUGAUAGCAGAAGGUGAUCCCGGAUUUAAGAAGACCAAAGGACUGAUGAACAGGAACUCCACUCUGUCUCAGGUGUUGAGGGAGGCAAAGGAGCGAGAGGAGCUGCAGACAGCAGAGACAGAGUGGUCAGAUUCCGAGAAGAAGGUGGUCGCUCACUACGGGAUGCUGUUUGAUGAAUUUCAGGGUCUGUCUCACCUCGAGGCGCUGGAGAUUCUGUCUCGAGAGAGCGAGGCUAAGGUGAAGUCGGUGCUGACCACUCUAUCAGGAGAUAAGCUGGUUCAGCUCAGAGAAGAGCUGGAUCUCAUCAAGGACUCUUUCUCCCUGGUGGAGUUUGAUGACGAGGAAGUGGACGAGAAGAAAGAUGAAGAUGGCUCAGAGUUUGAGAGGGAGUUAACGGAGGCCUUGGAGGGUCUCAGUGUCACUGCCACAGCUGACAAACUCAGCAAGGCCUGUAAGAGCACCUGCAGCCAGAUCACGGACAUGACCAGACCAGAGAAGGAAGAGGAAGAGAGCCAGGAGGACGUAAAGAAAACACUCUCUGUAGAGGAGGUUCAUGCUGCAGCCAUCAGGAGUCUGGCGGAGCUGACGGCUCGAUCCAUCGAGCUUUUCCACAAACUGGCCGAGAUGAUCCUCUUCUCCAACGGCAGCACUGAGGCCGGCGCUCUGUCACAGUUAACUGUUGUCCUGUGUAAAGAAAUCUCACUACUUUCCAAGAAGUUCACAUCCUGCUUAACAACUGCAGGGUCGAAUGAGAAGGGAGAUGUCCUCAACCCGCUGAUAACAGGAGUCUUUUUAGAGGCAUCCAACAGUGCGUCUUACAUCCAGGAUGCUUUCCAGCUGCUGAUGCCCAUACUGGAGAUCUCCCACAUCCAGAGGAGAGCUGGAUCCACGGAGCAGUGACCAGCUGACGUCCCCUCUGCUGUCCAUCGCUGCCAUGACGCUGGGACUCAGUCACAGCAGAGAACUGACACAUCUUAAAAACUUCUUUUUAAAAAUCACUUGCAUCUGCUCUUACUAUGUCUGGUUUUCAUCGCAGGACAAAAUCAAUUCCACGCCUGUGAGGAAAAGUGUGUUUUUGUCAAACAGUGUUAAGUUGUUUUGCAUUGCUGGUUUAAUUGUAAAGCACUGUACAUGGACUCAUUGACAUACAGUGUUGAAAAGGGCUGGAUCUACCAGCUAAGGGGAACAAAUGUAUUUGUGAUGAACAGGGAGCGACUUCUUGUUCUUCCUUUUAUUCUAACAUGUACACUAUUUUUUUCCCCCUGAGAGCACUUGUGCUCUUAACCCAAAAAUCUCAAUUCUGCCUCAGAACACUUUCACAACAAAACCGUGUGUCUCAUAAUAAACAGUAAGACAUAUUGAUAAUGUAAUUGUCUAUUACUGCACAGAGAAUAGUUGGGAAUUGGUUUUCUAUGCAUAUCUCUUUAAAACUGUGCAACAUACGGCUGGUCCUGGAGCAGUUGGGAGGCUUUUGGCAACCUUGGUAUCAUCCUCAAAUCAUUAGCAGACUGCCUGUAAUUAGUCAACAGUGCUGCAGAUCUAGUGACACCUGUUUGUACGGGGGGGGGGGUUAUUACCAUGUUUGCAAUUCAACUUUGGUGCUUUCUUUUGCCUCUGAGUGUGUAGACCCCCUUACUGUGUACAACAAUAUCAGCUUUAAAUAAGUAUUUUCUGUCACCUGCAAACACUAGGCAUCCUCACAUGUUUCAGUGGCUCUCCAUAUAAAUAAUCACUUCCUUUUUUCUCUUUAGCCAGCCCCAGAAUUGAAGACUUAAGACUUGGAUUUGUGGUAAGUUGGAUUUAAGGCAAAAACGACUUACUGCUGUGAGACUUGAUUUGAUUCUUGAAAGCAAAAACAUUAAAGUCUCGAGUUUUAAAACAGCUCUGGUGAAAAGAUCAAAUGGUGAUUCCCAAUACCUGCGUAUUGAUUACCCUAUGUCCCCUAAAAGAGCUGGUACCUCGAGAGAAAUCCUCUUUUGCAUCCCUGUUCUAAUCGAGUAAAUAAAAUGCAGUUUUUCAUCCUUCCCAAUCCCUGACAUAUCGGACAAAACUCACAGCUCUGUUUUCUCUUUAUUCCCCUCUCUUGUAAAUUUCCGAUGUCCAGUUAGAGAAAUAUGAAAAGAUAUACAGAUUGCACAUUUCAGUCAUUUUAAGCUUAUCUCCCCCUUUAUUGUCAUCAAAUUCAUUAUUUGUGAAACUUAAGCAUAACGUCAGGUGUUUAUUAAUCAACAAAUGAACUUCUAUCUGCCAUAAAGGUUGUGAUUUUCUUCUUUUAGCCAGUUGAAUUCAGUUUUCUGAUAUUGAACUGUUAACAGGAGUGUGUUGUGGCCAUGUAAAGUGCUAUUUUUUCGAGCAAUAAACUGUACUCUAUAUCAGGUA